GCGAGGGCACAAGCUAUACGCUAGGCAUCAGACGACAGAGUCGGUAAAAGUCGCCCGCCAAAGUUGACAGAGGACAACAACAACAAGAACAAGAAAAAUAACAAGACCAAGAAGAAUAACAACAAGAAAAAAGAGAACAACAAGAACAAGCGUUCCCUUUGGACAAAGUUGAAGCCUGAGACUCUGAGUCGAGGUCCCGCAACCGUUGCUUCCUUUUUGGCUCGCUGUUGAGAAAAUUGAAAGGCAUCCUAAAUGUCAUCUUUUGGAACGUCGGCCAACCUUUUGGCUUUCGGCCUCUUCAUCCUUUUCCCCACUUGGUUCUCGAGCGUCGCCUCUGAGUCGCAGGCGAGGGAGACGGAGACGUGGAUGCCUCCCAUGGCCGUGGAGAGCCUCCAGAACCACCCGGGGGAGUCGUCAGUAGACUUUGGAUUCACAGACGAUGACCAGGAAGACCAAGACCAGACGGUGGAAGACUACUACGAAGACUCGUACAAUGACGAGGAAGAUGAAGACUAUGAGGAUGAGGCGUCGGGGUCGGGCGACGCCAACGAGAGCAAGAGCGGACGUGACUGGUUGCCGCCCACCGAGCAUCCCGAGGCAGACAACGGGAUUCCGGAGCGGUCUGGCCCUGCCGUCCACCACGACCCAGAGCCGGAGACUGCGCCGGACGACAAUGAGAUCCGUUCAGUGCGCAACGGUCCCCGCCCGGGCAGCCAGCUUCCGUCCAACGUGCUGAUGUCACACGCCGCUGAAGGCGUCUUCACCAGGAUGGAGGUCCUCGCAGCACUAAUCUGCGGCGGUGGGGUGGCCCUGACGGUAGCGGUUUUGCUUGUGGUGCUGCUGCUUCACCGCAUGAAGAAGAAAGACGAGGGAAGCUACGAGCUGGCCAGGAAGCCCAUCUACACCAAGGCCCCCACCGCGGAGAUCUACGCCUAGCCCCUCGACACACCUCGUCCCUUAUUUAUUCGCUGCACACUAGCUAAGUUAACGUCAGGGCCAUGACGCUCGGCUGAAUUUUUUUGUUUGUUUUUAUCGCCGACACAGCCUUUGGGUCGAUGAUAUCGUUUCUUCCUUUCAAAUAUUCCAGUUUAUUGUCUUCAGAUUUGUUUUUACACUUGGCACCUUUUUAGAAAAACAGAUUUUUAUCUUUGUAUACACACUACACAUACUUUGUAAU